CUGGGAUUCAGUACAUCCAGGAUGUCUCACAGAAAGUACGAGGCGCCUCGCCAUGGCUCUCUGGCCUACCUCCCUCGCAAGCGUGCUGCCCAGCACAGGGGCAGAGUCAAGUCCUUCCCCAAGGAUGACCCUAAGCAACCUUUGCAACUCACGGCGGCUAUGGGUUACAAGGCCGGCAUGACCACGAUCGUUCGCGACCUCGACCGUCCCGGCGCCAAGGCCAACAAGAAGGAGGUCGUCGAGGCCGUCUCCAUCAUUGAUACCCCCCCUAUGAUCGUUGUUGGUCUUGUGGGCUACAUCGAGACUCCCCGCGGUCUGCGCUCCCUCACCACCGUCUGGGCCGAGCACCUCAGCGACGAGGUCCGCCGCCGCUUCUACAAGAACUGGUACAAGUCCAAGAAGAAGGCUUUCACCAAGUACGCCAAGCAGCACUCCGAGAACUCCGGCUCUUCCAUCACCCGCGAGCUCGAGCGCAUGAAGAAGUACUGCACCGUCGUCCGCGUCCUCGCCCACACCCAGAUCCGCAAGACUCCCCUCAAGCAGAAGAAGGCCCACCUCAUGGAGAUCCAGAUCAACGGUGGUUCCGUCCCCGAGAAGGUCGACUUCGGUUACGGCCUCUUCGAGAAGCCCGUCUCCAUCGACUCCAUCUUCGAGAAGGACGAGGUCGUCGACAUCAUCGCCGUCACCAAGGGUCACGGAUUCAGCGGUGUCACCUCCCGUUGGGGCACCAAGAAGCUUCCUCGCAAGACUCACAAGGGUCUGCGUAAGGUCGCCUGUAUCGGUGCCUGGCACCCUUCCCACGUCCAGUGGACUGUUGCCCGUGCCGGUCAGGACGGUUACCACCACCGUACCUCUGUCAACCACAAGAUCUACCGCGUUGGCAAGGGCGACGCCGACGACAACGCUUCCACCGAGAUCGACGUCACCAAGAAGACCAUCACUCCUCUUGGAGGCUUCGUCCGCUACGGCGAGAUCAAGAAUGACUUUUUGAUAGUGAAGGGUUCCAUCCCCGGUUCGAUGUGGACUCACACCUCCCGCAAGGCCCUUGAGAAGAUCGACCUCAAGUGGAUCGACACCUCGUCCGAGUUCGGACACGGCGCUUUCCAGACGCCUGCGGAGAAGAAGCAGUACCAGGGUACUCUCAAGAAGGACCUUGCCACCGCUUAA